AUGGCUCCCAACUGUUGGGAGCCAUCUAGUAAAAGCUUUUCUCGUCCUCUGCGAUUAGCAGAUUCCACAUCUGUUAUGACUUCCAUUUCACAGCCUCCAGGAAAGGAUCAUCUCGCCAUUAAAGUUUAUGGUGCAGGUAUUCUUUCGCUUAAGGAUGAGCUAGCCAUCCAGUCCCAAGUUAAGAGAAUGCUGAGACUAUCUGACAAGGAUGAAGAAGAUGUGAGAGAUUUCCAUAAGCUUCAUCCAGAAGCUGAGGCCAAAGGAUUUGGUAGAUUGUUUCGAUCGCCAACCUUAUUUGAAGAUAUUGCCAAAUCUCUUCUUCUUCGCUUUUGCCCGUGGAAGACAUCAUUGGAUCUUUCAAAGGCUCUUUGUGAUCUACAAUAUAAAAAAUUCAAGUCCAAAAGAAAGAGAGCAAAUAUCUCAGCUUAUGGAGACUUCCCAAAUGCAGAAGAAUUAGCAAGUUUUAGUGAGAAAGAGCUAAAAAGUAAAGGCAAUUUUGGAUAUAGAGCAGGGGAGUUGGUUAUGUUUGCAAAACAAGUUGUUGAUGGGGAAAUUAAGCUCAGUAAGUUUGAAAAAGACCACAUUGGUACCAAAUUAAGUUGGUCUGAGCUGAAAAUAAAUGGUGCUGGUCCAUUUACUAUCAACACUAUCAUGAUGUGUGCCGGACACUAUAAUUAUAUUCCAGUUGACAGUGAAACGAUACGUCAUAUGGAUGAGGUAACUGAAAUUUAUAACUGGAUCUGCUUGUUUCAAUUUACUCGUCUCUUUUGA